AUGCCCUUGGGCAUUCUCGAGGCCAAGGACAUCGAACAUGUUCCUGGCACGACACGAUACUUCGACGACCCGUCUCGACCCCAGACCGCCGAUGAACAGCAUGGAAAUCUCAAGCGCGUUAGAGUAGGAGAAGAGACCAUCAUCCUCAUUCCUCAGCCCUCCGAUGACCCAAACGACCCCUUGAACUGGUCGCUCUUGCGACGCGACUUGAUUACCUUUCUCCUUUGUUUUGCCGGCAUCCUCGCUACUGCACUCGGUCCUAUCCUCGCCGCCAAUACUAUCACGAUCUCUCUUCUUUUUGGCAAGGACUUCACCAAGGUCGCGCUUCUGACGGGAUAUUUUUUGCUGGGAUGUGGUGCGGGCGCCAUUUUCUUCGUCCCGUCCGGACGCAUUUGGGGAAAACGACAUCUAUUUCUCAUCGGUAUAAUUAUUCUUAUCGCCUCGAGCGCAUGGGCUGGGGCGGUCGGGACAGAUUAUGGUAGUUUCAUUGGUGCCAGGAUCGUACAAGGCAUUGGAUGUGCGCCAUAUGAGAGUUUACUCAAUGCGGCCGUUGGCGACCUCUAUUUUGUCCAUCAGCGAGGAGUUCGCAUGGCUUUUACCAACUUGGCUGUCUUUGGCGGUGCAUUUUUUACCCCCAUUCUGGUGGGUAAGAUCACUGCCGCAAUGGGAUGGAAAUGGACCUUCUACUUUGUGGCCAUCUUCCUUGCUGCUACUCUGCCGGCAGUCUUCUUUUUUUGUCCCGAAACCGCAUAUCGACGGGAAGCAAGUCUAAACACUGAUACCACAGGCGAGCUUGGAAUAGAAUUGACGACAAAGGACAGACAUCAGAUUCCGUCGCCACAACGAGAGUCUGACGUGGCGACGACCCAAGAACUUGACCACCAUGAACCAGGCUUUACGUUUUUGCCCAAGUCAAAUGCUCUCCAGCCUAUUGGUGAUUCCAGCACUCCCAAGAAGACUUUUCUCCAGUCAAUAUCGCUGUUCGAUGGUCGAAAAACAGAUGAACGAUAUUGGGUUCUUCUGCUACGCCCAUUCCCUCUCCUGACACACCCAGCUUUCAUCUGGGGCUGCCUUAUCCAGGGCACCAUGAUUGGUUGGACAGUGUUUAUUGGUGUCAUCAUAGCUGCAGUCUUCAUCGGCCCUCCUUACUACUGGGGUGAAGUAGCUGCUGGCUACACCUACACAGGACCGUUCAUCGGCGCCGUUCUGGGCUUCAUGCUGGCAGGCCUUCUUGCCGACACAAGCGUCAAAUACAUGACCAAGCUGAAUAAAGGCAUAUAUGAACCCGAAUUUCGCAUUCUCCUUGUCAUACCAAUGAUGAUUAUUGGAGGCAUUGGUUUGUAUGGCUUCGCUUUGACCGCGCCCGGUGUGAUAGAGAAGAAGUACCCGUACCAAGUGCCUCUGAUUUUUUUCGGCUUUGAAGUCGCGGGCAUGGUCAUUGGUGCUGUAGCUAGUUCCUUGUAUAUCGUUGACGCAUACCGCGACUUGACUAUUGAAGCCUUCACGAUUAUGAUCAUCUUCAAGAACUUCUUCAGUUUUAUACUGACAUUUUUUGCCUACAACUGGAUCAACAAUGGCGGUAUCGAAAGGACAAUGAUAGCAAUUGCCUCAAUCCAAGUGGGAGUUUGCCUUCUUAGCAUUCCUAUGUAUAUAUAUGGCAAGCGAGUACGAGCCUAUUACUACCGUCACGAUUUGCUUGAAAUGACUGGUCUUCGGUAA